AUGUCUCCACUCAAGUACUUGUGUUUUAGAAAAGUGCUUCUGUUUCUCUAUUUCAUUCUCUUCCUCUUCUCUUGUUCUUCUUUCUCUUUCAGUUUUGCUUCAUCAGAAACUGAGGUGCAAACACAACCGUUAGAUCCUCAUUUCCGGGCGAGAAGAUUGUUGGUUAAAGAUCUGGAAAUUGGUGAUGAUGAUGAAAAUGAAACCAACCCUCCUCCUCCUAAGAAGAAGGAACUCACUGGCUCUGUUUCAUCAUCAUCACCAACAUCAAGUACUACUAAGAAGAAUCAAACCAAGCUCAUUAAACCGAUCUCUUCUUCCACCAAGAACCAAACUAAACUCGCCAAGACCUCUACAGGUAUGUCUCAGAAACUAAACUCCACCAAAUCUUCUUCUAACACGACCAAGACCAGCUCAGAGCUCAAGAAGCUCAAUUCCGGAACAAAACCCUCAAAUUCCACAACUUCUCCGAUCAAGAAAUCAGCAGAUCUGUCCAAAUCAAGCUCAUCCAAGAACAAAACCACCACCACAAAACCUCCAAGCUCCAAACUUUCUCCUCCUCCUAUAGAGAAGAAGAAAACACCCUCCACAAAACCCGUGACCAAACCGAAACCAGCCGAGAAACAAAUCAAGCCUUUCUGGCUAGACGACGAGGAAGACGACGAUUUCGUCAGCGAAUUCAGAGAUCUCCCGACGAGAUUCCAAAGAUCACUAAUCCCAGACCUGGAGCGAAUCUCAACACAAUCCAAAAACUACAUCAACAAAGCCAACAAAGAGAUCACCAGAAACUUCAAGCCCUACUUCGGAAACAAAUACGCACCCACCAUCGCCUCCGUGGUCUCCUUCGUCUUCAUCCUCGUCCCUCUCCUCCUAGUCUCCCUCAUUUUCAACCGAUUCAAAGCCUACUUCUCCCUCCAGAAAAUCCUCAUCUUCAUCCAAAUCUACCUCUCCAUCUACUUCUCGAUCCUCUGUCUCUCCUCGCUCGUCACCGGCAUCGAGCCGCUCAAGUUCCUCUACGCAACAUCGAGCUCGACGUACGUCUGCUUGCAGAUCCUGCAGACGCUAGGCUACGUCUUCUACCUCUUGCUGCUUCUCAUGUACCUCGUCCUCGUCUUCUCGACGGAUUGUGGUUUGGGCCUCAAGGUGUUGGGUCUGGCCCAGACGUUCGUGGGCUUUGCGGUGGGGUUGCAUUAUUACGUGGCGGUGUUUCAUAGGGUGGUGCUUCGUCAGCCACCGAAGACGAACUGGAAGGUGCACGGUGUCUACGCCACGUGUUUUCUUCUCAUUUGUUUGUUGUCUAGUGCUGAGAGGAGGAAGAAAGAGUACUUGGAAGAAGGCGGUGACGAAGGCAAGAAAAAUUGA